AACUCCUGUGACAAUGGCUGAAGCAUUUCACUUGCAAAUCUCCCAAAUCCUGAUGAAGCAAUGGAUGUUGGGAAAGAUUCUCCUUCUCCAAGUCCUGAAGAGAACAUUGCUGUUAAGGUUGAGAACAUUGCUGUUAAGGUGGAGGAUGAAGGGGAAUCAGGUUCUGAUAUCAUAAUUGAAGAUGAAAAGUUUGCAUCAAGGUCGUCCUCACCUGACAUUGAAGUCGUGAAAGUGCUGAAGUCUGCCACACGCAUCACAGUUGAUCUCACAGGGGAUGAUGAUGAUGACACUGCAGUGAUUUGUGAUAGCCUUGAACAGUCUGAAGCUUCUGCUGCACCAGUUGUAGACUUAAGCAAUGAGGAAAAUGGUUACUGUGAGCCUUCGAGGGUGCAUCUGCAUCUGGAGCGGGAGUACGUAGACAAUUCAUCCUUCACAUUUUUGCCACCAAAUACAGAUAACACAAGUUAUACACAUUCCCAGCUUCAGCAUCAGUCUGCUGCAGAUUUUGGUAAUGGCUCUGAGUGUUUGUUUGUAAUUUUCUCUCAUUUGCAAUUUAGUUUUUAAUAUCAUGGACUUAAUUUUUCUCUCCUUGUCCUAUUAUGAAUGAUUUAAGGUGCCAAACCCACCGUGGCAUGCAUAUCUACUUGUACAAAUCAAGUAACUGAUAUGGUAUUGAGGUAAAAGACUUUGUCUGUAUGUCAAGUGUUUAAGUUGACAGCAAAAUUCAGGACUGUAGUCAAGUUUAAAGCCUAUAUCUGACAGCUGAGGAGUUGGACUAAAUAAGGGAGAUUUUUUUCCCCAUCUGGCAAUUAAACAAUCUUUUUUGUUGUUACUUUACUCCCAAAACUAAUAUUCUUCCCCCUAGCCUAGACAUCUUUCAUAAUCCUCACAAAUAUAAAUAUGGAAUGUUGUCCAGUUUUGUCUUAGCAGCUUUAUUUCAUAUUAAUAAUAAACUGAUCUUGGCUUAGUUUUGAUAUUUACCACAAGUUGUGGUAAUAGUAUAUGUUAAGAUUAAGGGGGCUGGCCGGAACCCUUAUAUAUGGGGGUAUAGGGCAAAAAAUGCAAAGUCAUGAAAAAAUUCUUGGAGCUUUGUAUGGCAAUGGAGAAUAUGUAUAUGAAAUAUUAUGUCAAAAUUCCUCUUACUUUCAUAGUUACAGGGUAAUUAGUAAACGUAACUCAAUAAGCCAAAAUCAUUGAUCCAUACAAGAAAAUGCA